GGUUGUCCUCUCUCCUAUGUACAGUACAAGCUGGUGAUGUCAUUGAGAGGUCACUGCUGUCACUGGAUGCUGUGUAGCAUUUGACUUCUGAGCAAGGACGUAGAAAAGCACAAUGCCUGAAGACCUUCCGUUCAACAUCAACAUUAAGGAACCACGAUGGGACCAGAGCACUUUUGAAGGAAGAGCCCGACAUUUCUUCAUGGUGACAGAUCCUCGCAAUGUGCUACUAGGACCGAAAGUGCUGGAGGAUGCAAAGAACAUUGUAGAGAAUUACAGAAACAGAAUACCAACACCGGGACUAACUGAAGACCAACUAUGGAGAGCAAAAUACAUCUACGACUCUGCUUUUCAUCCAGAUACAGGCGAGAAGAUGGUCUUGAUAGGAAGGAUGUCUGCACAAGUUCCAAUGAACAUGACCAUAACUGGCUGCAUGCUUACAUUUUACAAAACAACCCCAGCAAUUAUAUUCUGGCAGUGGGUGAAUCAGUCCUUUAAUGCCAUUGUGAACUACACCAACAGAAGUGGAGACGCACCAAUCACAACCAGCCAGCUAGCAACAGCAUAUGUUAGUGCUACUACAGGGGCUGUGGUGACAGCGCUGGGUCUGAAGUCACUGACUAAGCAUUUGCCCUCCCUGGUUGGCCGCUUUGUGCCCUUUGCUGCUGUCGCAGCAGCCAACUGCAUCAAUAUCCCUUUUAUGAGACAACGAGAACUGAAAUUUGGGAUCCCAGUUACAGAUGAGAAUGGAAACAGACUGGGAGAAUCCACAAAGGCCGCCCAGCAAGCCAUUGCCCAGGUGGUAGUAUCACGGAUCGGCAUGGCGGCACCGGCCAUGGCCAUCCCACCUGUAAUUAUGAAUUUUCUGGAGAAGAGAGCGUUUCUUAAGCGUUAUCCAUGGAUGAAUGCACCCGUACAAGUCGGGCUAGUUGGCUUUUGCUUGGUCUUUGCAACGCCGCUUUGCUGUGCUCUGUUUCCUCAGAAAAGCUCCAUGAAAGUGUCCAGUUUGGAACCAGAGGUCCGUGACCGCAUCAUGGAGAAGAACCCGAACUCCCAGAUUGUAUACUUUAAUAAAGGACUCUAGAUGAGGACAAUCCCAUGAACCAUUAUCAGUCAGUCAGUACAUGAACAAGACAUCUAUACCAUUCACUUUACAAGCUGCUAACAGGAAACGUAUUGUUCUGCAUGGGCAUACACCCCAGUUCUCUCAGGUAUAAUCAGAUGUGGUGUAUGGCUUUGUGACUUAGUUGUGGUUUGGUGUUUUCCUGGAGAGUUAAAUACAUUCCAGUUUGUAGGGGCUUCAUCCAA